AUGGCUCUGCCAACAUUGCAAACCUCUCGUCUUCAGCUCAACCCCCUUGCAGAGCACAACCGAGACAACAUCAUCGCCCUCGAUUCGGACCCUCAAGUCGUCAAAUAUGUUCACAAUGGCCGCCCGCUGACUCAAGAAGAAGCAAUUCAAGACCAUCAAGAGCGUCUCUCAGCCUGCAAACAAGUCCCUGGCCUAGGGUACUGGGCAGCUUACCUCGGCGAUGUAUUUAUCGGAUGGGGGGCCCUCUCACCCAUACAAUCCAACGAUGGGACAUUUCCUGCAACCAAAGCCGAGCUAGGAUACCGCAUAUCACCUCGCUUCUGGCGCCAGGGAUACGCCAAAGAAAUUGGGCGCGAGCUAUUGAGGUAUGGGUUUGACGAGCUGGGGUUGAUGGAGGCUGUUGGGCAGACGAUGGCUGUGAACGAGGCAUCGAGAGCAACCAUGAAGGCCUGUGGGAUGCGGCAUGUGCGCACAUUCUAUACCGAGUUCGAAGACCCUAUUCCUGGGACAGAGGAGGGUGAAGUUGAAUACAUCAUUAUAAGGGAAGAAUGGUUGAAACUUCAAUAG